AUGACUAGUGAAAAUUUCCCUGAACUACCUGACGUGCUACUAACAAAAACAUCAGAUUACAUUUAUAAAUCUAUUGAAAGAUACUACAAAACAAACACUAUAAAAGGAUGCACUAAUAUGAACUCCAAAAAUUUCAACUUUCAUGCUAAUUUAGAUGAUAAUUCCUGUGAAAAAGAGAAACAGAAUUACACUUUUGGAGGAAUUUAUCAAACCUGUGAGGACCAUGAUAACAAUGUGAUUUGCGACUAUUAUGGAGCUCGUCAAACUAAUCCAUUGACAUUAGAUUAUUCAUGUCCUGAAGGAUAUGAAAGUAUUCUUCUUCACACUGGUACAUUGAGUAAAAUGAUACAAUCUACUAUUAAAGUCCAAAGACAGACAGACUGCAAAAACUAUAUUGUUUAUACCCACUGUAAAUGGGCAACUGUAGCUAGUAUUACGACAAAGAUAUAUUUCUCUACUUACAAAGCUUAUUGGUGCUAUGCUCCUCCUGGUAAACAAUCUGAUGCAGGAUACAUGUUUGGUGGUCUAUACACCAGUAAAACUCCCAAUCCAGUGACUCGUACUAGCAGGUGUCCACCUUUCUAUGAUACUCUACAUUUUGGCGAGGAUAUCAACAUUUGUGCAAGCAGGGAUGAUCAAGCAGAAGACAAUGCGAUACCGUUUGGCGGUUUCUAUAGCUGCAAGUCUGGAAAUCCACUGGCUAUUACACCAGACAUGUAUCAGAAAUUAGCAUCAAGCAAUCUAUUGGAAUAUGGCUCGUCUUUUCCUACGGAGUGCUCUCACCAUUACAAUCAAUUCUUGAUAACAAUCGAUGAAGGUUGUGUUGUGAACUAUUGCUCACAGUUUCAGGAUGCAGUAAUGUAUUCACCAAGGCCUCCACUAGUACCACCAUAUAAAAUGAAGCCACCAAUGACAGUCAAUAAAACAGAAUCAUUGGUUAUCUUUGGCCCUUAUGGUAAGAUAUGGGUUAAAGAUGAUGAUGGUAGUUGGUUUGAGUAUAAAAAUGACAGUGUCAGUGGGCCCGAUUAUCUCCAAUCUUUAUUUGUCAAAGAAGAUGAUAUAGCUACACCAACUGAGCUACCUACCAAUGCAACAGUGAGUAAUGAUACUACGUCCAGUCCAAGCCACAGCUAUUAUACUGGUGGUGAGGUAGCUGGAAUCGUUAUUGGAUUGAUUUUCUCUACUGCACUGUGCGUUGCAUUUAUUGCCGCUGUUGGUUGUGGUGUUAAGAAGUAUAAGAAGAAGCGUAUAGCCAGGAAGGAGGCAGUACUCUACUUGGAUAAGUCUGAAACUGGAGAGAAUGAGACAGCUGUCCUGGUCCAAAAGUUGCAAGACCAAGAUUAG